UCGCGGCGGAGGAGGCGCGAUGGCCCCGCAGCGCCGGGCGCUGCCCCGCGGCCCCGAGAGCGCCGGGACCGGGCCGGGAACGGCGGCGGGAACGGGAACGGGCCGCGGGGGCCGCCGGCACAGCAGCGCCAGGAAGGGCCGGUCCCGGCCGGAGCCGCGGGCAUGGCGGGGGAAGGCGGCGAUCCUGAUCCUGAUCCUCCUCCUCCUCGCGGCCGCCGCCGGCCUCGUGCUCUGGAGCCGCCUGCUCGCCCGGGAUGGGCUCUCCGGGGAUGGGAUCCCCCAGGACGGGGUCACCGAGGUGCUGGCACAUCGCGGCGACAGCCUGCGGGACAAGUUCGUGGAGAUCCCCUGCUCGGAGGACUACGACAGCCACAGGCGGUUUGAAGGGUGCACUCCCAGGAGGUGUGGAAGGGGUGUGAGUGAUGCCAUAAUCACGAGGGAAGAAGCUGAAAGAAUCCGUGGAAUAGCAGAGAGGGGACUGUCCUUGGGAGGAUCUGAUGGAGGGGCAUCCAUUUUGGACUUGCACUCCGGAGCUCUUUCCCUGGGGAAGCAUUUUGUUAAUCUGUACAGGUACUUUGGGGACAAAAUUCACGACAUCUUCACAGAAGAGGAUUUUGCCUUGUACCGGGAUGUGAGACAGAGAAUUCAACAAAGGAUUGCUCAGGUGUUUGGGAUCAGCUCCUCCUCCCUGUACCUCACCAAGCCAACCUUCUUCUCCAGGAUGAACAGCACGGAGGCCAAGACAACCCACGACGAGUACUGGCACCCCCACGUGGACAAGGUGACUUAUGGCUCUUUUGACUACACCUCCCUGCUCUACCUCUCUGACUACUCCCAGGACUUCGGGGGAGGAAGGUUUGUGUUCCUGGAUGGAGAUUCCAACAAGACAGUGGAGCCCCGAGCAGGCCGGGUUUCCUUUUUCACCUCUGGGUCGGAGAACCUGCACCGUGUGGAGAAGGUUCACUGGGGCACUCGCUUUGCCAUCACCAUCUCCUUCACCUGCAACCCGGAGCACGGCAUCGGGGAUCCAGUCCUGGGGUAACUCCCCUGGGGGUGGAGCACGAGGUCAAAUGGAAGGAGAGAAGCCCUGCAAGAGGAGAGGAAAAAGGGAGAGAACAUCUGCUGUAACCUCACGUUCAAUCAGAACUGCCCAGCUGUAUCAGCAGAUUGCAAUGAACUUUGUUUUCCCAUCUCAGGACCAUCUCAGAUUUGAUGCCUUCUGAAAAUGGUUUGUUAUGUCCCAAAGGGGCAGGCUACAAAGAAGAGUUCUUGAGUGGGCUCUUCGUUCUUUUUUUUCAUUACUAUUUUUAAAAAAAUUCUUCAGUUUAAAAGCUACAAACCUAUCUUCUGGGCCAUGCCUUGAUUUGUCUCCCUGUGCUGCUGUGAACCUGUUUAAUUCUUUAACCUUUUCAGUUACCAAUGUGAUGCAGAAAGUUUGACCUAAGUCAGUUGAGCAAGGUGAGUGUUAUUCUGAACACGCUUUCUGUUGAGAACAAUGGAUUCUCAUGAUCCAUGGGCACGAGUGGGCAAUGCACCUGGGGUUUGGCUACUGGCACUGCCUUCAGCCUCUGUUUUAACUGAAUUACUAGUGUUUUUUGCCACAAACAGGGACUAGUUAAUACAAAGUCAGACAUACAGUUCUCUAGCCAGAAAGCUCUGAGGGAAACUGGUGUCCAUUUACAACUGAGUCGUGUCCACAGCAAUGUUUUAUCUGCUUCAGAAGGUCUCUCAGUAGCUAUGUUGGGACUUUUUCAGUUCAGUAUGAAGACUUUUUUUCUGUUGCCUCGGACCACUGGUGUUCCCUGGGUAAUAAACUGCAAGGGCUUCAGAGAACCGGAGCUGUGUGAAUUGCAGUGCAGAUAAAGGAACAAAAGGGUAAUCUUGCCAACUACCUUGGUGUUUUACUGCAGACAAAGAUUUCUGUGGGUCAGGGAAUUGAUAAAUAAACUGCAGGAAAACCUUAUUUUUUUUCUCAAUCAUAUUCUGAAGCAAAUCUGUUUUAUUCCUAGGAUGUAUAAUUUCUGUGAAACACUGAAAAUCUGGGAAUGUGCUUUGGUGUUUAAUUUUUUAAAAAAAUUCUAUACAUAGUUUUCAUUCCUUAAUCUACCCUUUUAUGGAAAUAAUAAGUAUUGGUGGGGAUUACCCUGCAGAUCAGUGUAUAGAGGAUUGAUGACAGCACACCUGGCCUUGUGAGCGCUCUCACUGGGCACAUCAGCAAGAUUGCUCUUAAACCUGAAAAAGCCUUUCUUGUCUGUGCUACGAGGAAGGAUUGUUAAAAAGGCUGGAUGAGAGGAAACAAUAAAGCCAACUGGGUUCCAUAUUGAAA